GACAGCCAUGGCGGAGAGCAAGAAGGAAGAAUUCAGGAAGUACCUCGAGAGAGCCGGCGUGAUCGAUGCACUGACCAAGGUCUUGGUUGCUCUUUACGAAGAACCGGAGAAACCAGCGAACGCGUUGGACUUCAUCAAGCAGUAUCUCGGAGCUCCAACGAGCGGAGAUGUCGAGACGAUGAAAGCAGAGAAAGAUGAGAUGGUGAAGAAGAACGAGGAGCUGACAAGGCAGCUGGAGGUUUGUUCUGCUUGUUGUGUUUCGUUGUUUGCUUUGUUCCUUGAUCUGUCAUGUUGUCUUGUGUUUUAGUAUUGGAUCAUCUCUUGUGUCUACCAUAGCAAAGUUGUUGAGAUGUCCAGAAUUGCAUUUUAGAGUUGUUGAAACGUUCAGAAUUUCUUUUUCAAAAGUGCUGUAGCUUUUCACUUCAGAUGCUCUGUUGUUGUCGAUCAUACAUCCGGAUUGCUUUCUUUCACGUGCAGUUGUUCUCGAAUGAUUCAGAUGUGUUGUUGUCUUUUUUGUUAUUUUUCCGUUUUCAUAUUCUCUUUGCUAUCUGUCUUCUCCUAACAAACAUUCGGCAGGAAGUCACCAAUCGCCUUGCCGAGCUGCAGGCAGGAGGAGGAGGAGGGGAAGGAGAAGGUCAGUGAUGAUAGGGAAGAAAUGACGAGGGGGAGAGCGACGAGGAGGACGAGAGGGAGGAGAGCGAUGGGUGUUGUACUGAGGUUAUUCAUUCACCCACAAGCACUUCACGAGCUUGCGAUUGUAGAGACGUUUCUUCGAUCGCCACUUGUUUGUAGACAUCGCAUCUUGUUAAACUAAUAGAUGAAGUUUGAAACUGC